AUGGUUGAUCUAAACGAGCCUCAUUUAACGUUCUUAAAUCGUGGUCUAUUCGAUUGGGAAUCAAAUCGUGUAAAUGCUGAACGUCAAGGCAUGUUAUUUCCAUCACUAACAAAUUCGAUGCAAGAUCAAACGUUCUGCGGUUGUACACCUUACAUGAAAUGUUCAACGCAUAGUGAAUAUACCUAUGCUCGAUCUCCGUUUGAACGUGGUAAUCAAGAUUUUAUAUGUACAUGUUUGAUAUGUCGCCCUGAUCUACAUCGACAACAUAUCACUGAUCCGACCAAAUAUUCUCUUUUACGUCCAAUGCCUACAUCCUAUCAUUGUCUACUUGAUCCGAACAGAAGAUUAACAGAUCGACCCUGUUUAGAUGGUAUGCCCGAAAAUGUCACAGUGACCAUACCAGGCUUAAAUCGAUAUGAUCGUGAGCCUCCGUUAGCAUUUGAUAUGCCUAAGCAAGGACGACAAAAUUUGACAAAUAAAAAUGAUGCAUUUUACACAUGGUAUCACGAUAAUGAACCAGAUGUUGGAAAAAUUUUACCGGUAAAUUAUUGGAAUAGACACCGAAUGGUAAAUGGGCCAUCAUCGUAUCUUGUACCAACUGUACUUUAA